AUGAGCACCACAGCGACCUCGGGCUCCAUCGGGGGCCAGCCGAGUCCGAUCAAAACAGGUUCAACGGAGCCUCUACAGCGGCUCGACACUGCUGCCGUGGCCAAGAGGCUACAGCAGGAGCUUAUGAGCCUCAUGAGCAGUGGCGAGAAGGGCAUCUCUGCAUUUCCACAGGGCGACUCCCUCUUCACAUGGGUUGGCACAAUUGAGGGAGCAUCUGGGACUGUUUUUGAGGAGCUUACAUUCCGCUUGUCCCUGAACUUUGGGGCAGACUACCCCUUCAAGCCGCCGACAGUAAAAUUUGAGACCCCCUGCUUCCACCCCAAUGUCGACCUUCAGGGCAACAUCUGCCUGGACAUCCUGAAGGAGAAAUGCGUCCGGACUGUGCUGCAGUCGAUCCAGUCGCUGCUGGCGGACCCAAACAACGAUUCGCCACUAAACGUCCAGGCAGCCAAGUUGUGGGACCAGGACCAAGCCGUGUAUCGCCAGAUGGUGAUGAAGACCUACAAUGCUGCCAAGACGUCCUGA